AUGAAUUUGAGCAGCAGCGACGCCCAUCGCACUGCUCCUGGCGUUGCGGACUCCGCCCUCGCACUCCUCUCUCACUCCCCAACCCUCCAACGUGACGCUUUUCUGCUCAGCUGGGUCGUCGCAGCGGAGGAGCGCUCGGCGCGUCAGACGUUGCACCUGCGUGAGGCGGAGGAGAGACACGAGAAGGUGGGUGUGUUCUACCAUGUGUGUGUUGUACGUCUCGUGUCUGUGCACGCGCCUCCUCCACUGCAAAAAUCAGCAUCCUCUAAUCAGCCCAUAGCCACCUCGAAAGAAAGCGAAGAGGCGUGUUUGGCAGUACCCGUGAUCAAUUGCGGGUCGGCGCAUCCCAGUGCGGCGGUGUCUUCACCGCUGGAACGCCUGGCUACGGCGGCCGACGGUGACGAAGACCAGGACGAUCACGUCGCCGCACAUGAUGGUGACGCGGCGGUGGAUGACGUGCCAUCUGCAAAUCCAAUCACAGGCUCUUUUAUGAAGAGACUGAGCGACGUCGAGCUCGCCUUGGCGAGACAGACGAGACCGCUUUAUCCGCUUCCGCUGGUAAGCAACGGACGUGCCGCGGAUGCGUUGUUGUCUUCCUGUUCUUUGUCAUCUCUAUCGUCACCCUCGCACGUCAGCCUUGACACGUGCGUGGCCCUCCUCGACGAUCUGGUGGCCUCGCACAGCGCUCUGUCGGAGCUGUCACCCUCUCAUCAGGAAAAGCACCCGUACAACGACGUCAGCGAGGAGCAGCUGCUUUCUUUUACUUCUCGUCGGCAACGGGUCCUGUCUGUGUUGGCGCUGCUGCGGGGUGCGCUGCGCAGCGUGCAGGACGCGUACACGUAUGCGACAAACGGCGCUGCUGCUGCUUCGUUAUCACCAUCUUCCCCUGUAUCCCUCGAUACGCUGCUGCAGCUGCCACCCGACACCUUGCCACUGCUCAUGCGUACUGCGAAUGGUCCGCCUGCAUGGCGCGCGCUGCUGACCACUACUUCGCUCUUCACGCUGUGGCUGACGCUCACGGAUAGCGUGGCACUCUUUACGUGCAUGCAGAGUCCCGUUGUGGACGCGCUGUGGGCCGCCGUUUUGUGGAUGCGCACCUGCGCACUAACACCUGCGGUUCCUGCGGCGGACAUCAACGUAGCGGAACGGAAGGAGCGAGUGCAGCACUCUCCUAUUCGUAGAAGGACUUCGCUUAUGGGGAGAGGUGUGGAAGCAGACGUCAGCGUUUCCCUUCCGGUGAAACCUUCUUUUUCUGUUGACGCAAAGCGACGCCCGUCCAGCGUCUUGUCGCCAUCGACGCGGCGCACACGCAGUCCCCGUCGAAUCGCUGCUCAGCGGCCUUCCUUACCCGUCGCAUCGCGUGCGGUGCAGCGAUCUUCCCCGUCGCGUCCUCGACGGCUCCGUUGUACAGACGACGCCUUCGAUGAACGUUGGGCCUAUCGUGACUUCCCAGUGGAAGAGGCGCGCACGGCACCGACGGUGUACGAUGCGCUUUUCCCUCUGCCCAGCGCGACCUCGGUGUUCACCGAGCCUGGCGGCCUUCCAUCGAAUCGACGUGCAGCGCAACGGGAAGGCGAGACGGUGCCCGAGAGCGGCACGCCUGUGUUACCCAAAGAGGGUUCAUCCUGGGAGGGAAAAGAGGAUGCCGCAUGGCUACGUGGUCCCGGAGUGGACUUCUACACCGGACCCUCACGCCGUCCUCAGCCUCUGUGA